AUGUCUAAGCCUUUUAUUCUCUAUACCGCUGGUACUCCCAACGGUCACAGAGUCAGUGUUUUCCUUGAAGAGCUCAAAGCUAUCUAUGGCAACAAGGUCGACUACGACGUCGAGGAAAUAGCCGUCUUCAAAAACGUCCAAAAAGAGCCCUGGUUCAUCAAAUUGAAUCCCAACGGAAGAAUCCCAGUCCUCGUCGACCGCCAGCGGGAGAACUUUGUAGUUUUUGAGACUGCUGCUAUUUUGCUUUAUCUGGAACAGCAUUAUGAUCCGGAGUUUGGGCUUGGGUUUGACCCUGUGAAGCAGCCGAAUGAGUAUAGUGAGAUGAUUCAGUGGAUGUUUUGGGCGCAUGGUGGUGUUGGGCCUAUGCAAGGGCAAGCGAAUUAUUUCAACCGUUUCGCUACGGAGGACAUUCCCUACGCGAAGAAGCGUUACUUCGACGAAACGAAGCGCCUUUACGGCGUGAUGGAGAUUCGUCUCCAAGACCGUGAUUACCUCGCUGGUCCCGGUCGAGGCAUGUACAGCGCCGCAGACAUCAACGUUUUCCCAUGGAUUCGCGCUCAUUCAUGGGCAAGUAUUGAAUCCAUUGAUGAAUGGCCGCAUCUCAAGGCGUGGUUCGAUCGUAUCGAAGCUCGCGGACCUGUCAAGGCUGGUUGCUGUUCCGUAGUGUAA